AUGGAGCCCUAUAACCCCGAGUUUGAACUCCAGCGGUUUUACCACCGCUUGCUGCGUCCGCUGUCGCUCUUCCCUCGCAAGGAGACGCGUCCAGAGCCUCAGAAGCGCCUCCCGCAGGAGGUCCCGGCGCUGCUGCCUCUGCCAGUGUCGCGGCUGACGGUGGCGUCGCUGUGCCGCCAGGUGGCCAGGCGGCUGGCCAGCAGCGGACUGGAGGUGCGGGUGCCUGCCGAGGGCCGACUCCGUUUCACCGAGGUCAUCCUGGACGAGCUGAAAUGCAGCUGGCAGGAGCCUCCCAGCGAACCUAGCCUGAGCCACUUGAACAACCAGAGGCUGCGGAAGCGGCUCCAGCUUCACGUGCUGCUCAGCAGCGAGCAGCUCUUCUUGCGCUACCUGCACCUGCUGAAGACCAUGUCGACCCCCGCAGGUAUCUUCACCGAAUCAGCCACGCUCACCCGCUUGGCCGCCGGCCUCGCCAGGGACUGCACAGUCCUCCUCACCAGUCCCGAGGUCUACCGCUGCCUGCUCGCCGACUUCCUCGGCCUGCUGAAGGUAGAGCGGGCCGAAGGCGGCAUGCGCAAGCUACGCCCGGCAGGCCCCACGGGGCCUUUCAGGAUUGGCCCUCUCCCGGGGUCUCACACCACCGACUUCGCGCAAGUGCCAUGCUCCAGCCUUAACCUGAACUACCUCAUUCAACUAAGCCGCCCGCGAGAGUUUCUCAAUGAGCCUGAACUGGAUCCAGUGAAGGAAUUGAAGUCCAUCCCCCAGCUGAAGAGGAAAAAGCCUCUCCUCUGGCUGUCCUCCAUGCAACAGAAGAGAACAAGUGACUUGAAUUCCUCACAUACUGUGCCGCUGCCCAGGCACUCUGUGCCUCCCACCAGCCGGGCUCCCUCCACCUCCCAUUUGCCCCUCAACUCCUGGCUCCAGAGGGGCCAGUCCAUGCCCAAUCUGCGGGAAGGCUGGAAGCUGGCAGAUGAGUUAGGCCUUCCUCAGCGACCUCGUCGCCCCUUAACCCCGUUGAUUCUGGUUACAGAGAGUAAACCAGAGCUGGCAGGGGACAUGGUGACUGAGGACCUGAAGCAGUUGGUGAACACAAAAUUGGAGUGGACUCACCACUCACCGCCGGACUCAGGCCUGCCCCCACUCCUUGGGGCCCUGACCCACUGCCCAACUGAAGCACAUCGCAUGGAAGAGCUGCAAAGAAUGUUGAAGGGCCUCGAGGAGGAAGAAGCCUCUGUGCAGAGGGGCCUCCGAUCUCCCAAAUGCCCUUCACUUCAACCACAGCCAGUUACUGUUACUUUGAAGCUAAGAAAUCAGUUUGUGGUCCAGGCAGCGGCAGUACAGGUCUCAGAGAGAAACUUCUUGGACUCCUUCCACGUUGAGGGGGCUGGAGUCCUAUACAACCACUUGGCUGGUGAAAUAGAACCCAAACUUAUUGAGGAAAUGGAUAUCAAUCACUUUGCCGGCAAUAGCAUCAGGGAGGUCUAUAAGGAGUUGAUGAGCCAUGUCUCUGCUGACCACUUCUCUUUUGACCAAGGACCCUUGGUUGAGCCUGCAGCUGAUAAGGACUGGUCAGUCUUCCUGUCAUCAACCUUUCUACGUCAAGAAAAACAGUAUUGUAUUAUCAACCCCAGUCUAGCUGGACUUUAUUCUCAGAGAGAAAACACUUUACAGUACAACCCUGAUAGAAUGUCCUCUGUCACAUCACUCCAAGCAACCAAAGGCUGGGAGAAGUGGGCAAACAAGGCCUCAUGGAUGAACACAUGGAAAACCACCUUGUCUGUGGAUGACUACUUCAAGUACCUCACCAACCAGGAGACAGAUUUCCUCCAUGUCAUCUACCAAAUGUAUGAAGAGGAGGCUCCUGUGGAGAUCAUAGCCCCUGUCAAAGAGUCCCUAAAAAUUCAACACCCACCUCCCUUGCUAGAAGACGAAGAGCCAGACUUUGUGCCAGGAGAGUGGGAUUGGAACACAGUGCUGGGGCACCUGCCAGGAACUAAGAGAAUCAGCCUCCUGGGAGAACCCCACAAAGUGCUGAUCCUGCAGAAGCGUCUGGAGCAGCUGUGGUCCAUGCUUGAAGUCCCAGAAAAUGACCGGCUGGACAUGGCCAUCAAGUACAGCUCCAACGCCCGUUUGAGGCAGUUGCCUGCCUUGGUGAGUGCCUGGGAGCAGGCCCUGAAGCCCAUUCAGCUGCGGGAGACAUUGCUGGGGAGACUGGAAUCAUUUGAGCGACAAGCUUGCGACCCCAACCGCUUCUUCCAAAAGACUGACAUGGGCUUGAGUCGCUUCCUGGAGGAGAAUAAGAUCCGCAACCAUCUACACAGGAAGAUUAGUCUAGUAGAGGCUUCUCUAGCUUCUCUCCUGGAGGAGAUAGAGUUGAUCUUUGGCGAGCCAGUGACCUUCAAGGGGCGGCGCUACCUGGACAAGAUGAAGCUCGACAAAGUGGAGAUGCUAUACUGGCUGCAGCAGUGGCGACGAUUCCACCACCUGACCCGGGUCCAGAAGGCCUCCCAGCAGUCAGCCCUGUGCAGAAGGUUCAGCAGCCAGCCUUUCAUAGCUCCUGGGAAUACUCCCAUUACUCUUUGACCAGUCCAAGUGCCCUAAACCCCUCCCACACUUCCAAACACUCAGAAGUUCAUCCAGUCCUCUUGACUGCUUUGGAAGAAGUAAUAUCUGGGAGUGUGGGGUUCAGGAACAUUAUGCUUCCAACUACCUAGGGACUAAGAUUAACACUUUAUUUUGAUCAUGAAGAAUUCCCAAACCCAGGAUUCCCAUUUAUGUUGAGCCUUGCACAAUACAACCCUAAUUUCAUAUGUUGAAAGAACAGACUAUCGGUUGGAGUUCAUUGUAAUGGGAACUGUCAGACACAGGCACACCAUCGUCUUUGCAACACCUCAGCUUAGCAUUUCAGCCACACCACAUUAAACUGGCUUAUUGGAGACCCAAAUCAAGAGACCCUAUGGCAUAAUGGUUAAAAGCUAGGGGUUCUGGGGUUAGGAGAUGUGGGUUUAAAUCCUGGCUUUGUAACCUUGGACAAAUAACCUAACUGCUUUGCACCUGGACCAUCAAAUGUUAGAUGAAGGAGUUGGGUCCAGAUUGUCACUUCUUCCAGUUCUAGGAUACUGUUGGUAGAGCUAAAAAUCUGUAUUACAUUUUUACCAGUUAAUACAAGUACAUGGUACAAAGAACAUAAGGGUAUGUACUAAAAAGUCAAUCUCCUUCCAAUCCCUACCUCUAAUACCUUGGACCCCCUCCCUGGGGCUAAUAACCAUUACCAGUUUCUUGUGUAUCUUCCCAUUCCCUUACUCAGCAAAUAUUUAUUGAGCACCAGUAUGUAAUAGAUGCUUGGUCUAGUAUCACUGAGCAUAACAAAGAGUAGAGUUAAUGUUCUAUUUAGGGGAAACAGACCAUAAACCAUAAACAUAGUACUUAAGCAUAUUGAAUAAUAGAAUGUUCGAGGGUGAUAAGUACUGUGGAAAAAAGAAAGUGUCAAGUAGGGUAAGAGGAAAUAAAGGGUGCGGGAUGUAGUCUUAAGAUAAUCAGGAUAGGCCUCACUGGGAAGAUAAGAUAUGCAAGAUCAGGAAGCGAGCCUGGUGGACAUCUGAGUCAAUAAUCCUGACACCCAUUCCAAAACCCUAAGGCAGGUGGUUGCCUGGGAUGUUCAAGAAAAGCAAGGUGGCCAUUGCGGGUGGAGUGGAGUGAGAGGAAGAGAUGACUUGGGGUCAUGACCAGGUGCCAACGGGCGGGUUUGAUAAUGUAAGGCCUACUAAUAAGUAGCUAACAUUAAGUUCUUAACCUUGUGCAGAACACUUCCCCUGCAUGAUUUCUUAGACUCCUCCUAACUACCUUGUGAACUAUGUAUUUUAAUCACCAUUUUUCAGCUGGAAAAAAAAAGGCUCAGAUAGGUAAAGUAACAUACUCAGGGUCACAGAGGUAUAUGGGAGAGCC